GUUGGUGUCUGUGUGUGACUCUAUGCAAGAGGCUGCAUUAUUGAUGAGAAGAGGAAGGAAGGAUUGAAAGCAGUGCCGGGACUGUGUGUGUGCGUGUGUGUGUGAGUGUAUAGAAGAGAUGGGGGAGAGGAGUUCGGUGCAGCAGCACAAGCAUCCUCCCAACGAUGGUGGGCUUUGCAACUAUUCCCAGAAAAUCAUCUCCUGCUUCGGACUGGACGUGGCACAUGCGCAGGACACACACCAUUCCAAUGAGAAGCCUCUGAUUCAGUGCUACAAGUGUGGGGAGCCAUGUAAGGGUGAGGUGCUGCGUGUCCAGUCCAAGCACUUCCACCUGAAGUGCUUCACCUGUAAAGUGUGUGGCUGUGACCUGGCUCACGGAGGCUUCUUCAUGAAAAAUGGAGACUACCUGUGUACCCUGGACUACCAGCGAAUGCACGGUACACGCUGCAACGGCUGUAGGGACUUUGUGGAGGGAGAGGUGGUCACUGCCCUAGGCAAGACUUACCACCCUGCCUGCUUUGUCUGCACCAUCUGCAAACGACCAUUUCCUGCUGGGGAUAGGGUCACCUUCAAUGGCAAAGACUGUCUGUGUCAGUACUGUGUCCAGCCCACGUCCCCAGGACCUGGCAAAGACCUCAUCGACGCCAACUGCUGUACGGGCUGUGGUAGAGACAUUAAGAAUGGUCAGGCUCUCUUAGCACUGGAGAGACAGUGGCACCUGGGCUGCUUUAAGUGUAAGGCCUGUAAAAAAGUCCUCACUGGGGAGUACAUCAGCAAGGAUGGCGCACCCUAUUGUGAGAAGGACUACCAGAUCCAUUUUGGGGUCCAGUGCGAGGCAUGCCAGCAGUUUAUCACAGGCAAAGUGCUGGAGGCAGGGGACAAACACUACCAUCCCAGCUGUGCACGAUGCAGCAGGUGCAACCAGAUGUUCACAGAAGGAGAAGAGAUGUACCUGCAAGGAUCAACUGUGUGGCACCCUGGCUGUAAGAACACAACCAGAACAGAGGAGCAACAGAGGAAACAUCCUUCAAGGUCGUCAUCCGAGAGUAUCUGUUCCAGACCUGGUUCAAGCAUACAUGGCUCACCAGGUCAUACCAUAUAUGCAAAAGUAGACAAUGAGAUCCUUGAAUACAGGGACCUAGCUGCCAUUCCCAAAGUCAAAGCCAUUUAUGAUAUAGACCGCCCUGAUCUGAUUACCUACGAGCCUUUGUACACCUUGUCCCUUGAUGAGAGGGAGGAGAGGAAGGAGAGUGUGGGAGAGCUCCAUACUGCGAGAAGGGAGCGUUCCCCCAUGCCAGAUGACAAGUCCUCAAGAAACAUGUCACCUACACCAUCCGCUAGUUGCUAUGACAUAAGAGAACGCAUCCUUCAGAGGUCUACCAGUCAGGGCUCCAUCGGCUCACCUGUCUACAAUCGUCAUAGUUACACCCCGUUGUCACGCUCACCACAGCAUUUUCACAGACCAGGCACUGAUCCACAUAGCAGGCGGAGCUCCCCUAUACCCCAAAGGCCAGACAGCCGGCCUGUCACUCCGCCUCUCUCUCUGACCCCUAAACAUUUCCACCUCCCAGAUCAGGGGAUCAACAUUUACAGGAAACCACCCAUCUACAAACAACAUGAUUCACCUGCACCAAAAAGAAAGUCUGCUGAUGAAAUCAUCAGAUCCGCUACGUUUCCUGCUGCCCAUGUCCCCCCUCUGGAUGACACGUCACCGAGCAAGAGCAACCACUGGUCCCCCUGCGCUCUCUCCCUGGCCCUGGUUGCCUUAGGAUCAGAAGGAGGAAGGAGAUGGUCUAGGGAAGAGGAGGAAGAGGAGGCCCUGAAGAGAAAGCAGCUCCAGGAGGAGCAUAUCAACAAGAUCCAGUCUGGUUUGGGGAAGCUGAUAAUGAAGGAGGAGAAUGAGAAGGAGCAGAUCAGGGAACGCAGCCAAUCAGCUCAGCGCUAUGAUCCCCAGCAGACGAACUGUGAUGGAGAUAAUUCCAAAACCUCAUCGCUGCCUGGUUAUGGACGGAAUGGAUUACACAGGCCUCAGUCCGCAGAUUUCACUCCUUACAACAGCCAUGGCAACAUGUGUGGGGGAGGAAGAGAGUUUCAGCACAUUAGGGAUGGCAGUGCUGCAGUAACAAGAAUGGACAGGGGAGUGUCUAUGCCUAAUAUGUUGGAAACAAAAGUUGUACCAUAUGAAAUGCUCAUGAUAACCAGUAGAGGGCGAGCUAAACUGCCCAGGGAGGUGGACAGAACAAGACUGGAGCGCCACUUAGCCCCAGAAACGUUCUUUGACAUCUUUGGGAUGGAGAUCCAGGAGUUUGACAGGCUUCCACUGUGGAAACGCAACAACAUGAAAAAGAAGGCCAAUCUCUUCUAGCAGUCAGAGCAGAAUGCACUCAUCCCAUCCUUUCAGAUAGCACUCUACUUUUACACUGUAAUAUAGAUGUAAGGUUUGUUUAGAUUUUUGUCAACCUUUUUUUCUGACAUGUUCAAGAAGGCAAUGGACUCUUCUUUCUUUUUUCACGAUGCCUCCUCUGCAGACUGAAUACAUGAUAUGAUUACUAAUAGAUACAUUUGAAAGGCUACAAGGAAAGAAAUGUUAAAAAAUUCUUCCAUGUUCAAAAAUUAGAAAGAAUUAUGAAUUAAGUCAUAUUCUUUUUGAUUGCUGCGCUUGUUUUCAUUUCUGGCUUUGAAUGGAACUGCUUUCCUUGACCUGCUUGUUUCCUCAUAUUUGUUGCUGUUGAUUCCUGUGGAACUUUGUUAGUAGAAUUUCAUGGCACCAUAUGAAACAUGCUGUUCACGUGCAAAAAUUGAAAGUCUGUCAGCUUCACAUGUCAAUGGUCAGUUUGCCCUCAUUUGGGCUAUCAAGUCAAAUCAAAUAGUUGUCUUCAUCAUAGGAAAUAUUGGGUCUUGCCAUUUCUUUAUGGCCCUAGUACAUACCAGCUAGCCCGAAGCUCCUAACUAUGUUACUCUCACUGGCAUCAGAGUCUGGAAAAGCUGCUAUUCAAAACAAUAUAAUGUGGUUUACGUAUAGAUGCGGGUCAUAUUCUUUAGGGCAUGAAACGGAAAACAUUUUAAACUGCUUUUCAACAGAAAACGGAAAUGAGCCUUCGUUAUUGGACGAGUCCAAGUAGUCCCUCCCUGUUUCAGUCUGUUUUCUUUGGUUUGAUGCCAAAUGAGUUCGACUCAGUUUCGCCUCUCAGGCUCCCAUUAGAGUAGCAAUUCCUAUUUUACUAACAAACACAUUAAAUGUAAAAAAAUACAAAUGAAAUACUAUUUGAAAUGACUGUUUUAUAAAUUAAACCCACACUGCCAUUUGUUGUACUAAAAUAUAAGCAAAAAAUAAAGCUUUAAAUCACUGUGUAUGUUAAUCCUCGGCUACUCCAAAGGUAUCGCCUGUAUUAGUUUACCUGUUCUCCUCUCAGCUAUUAAACUAUAAUAAACACUGUGGUUCAUAUAUGUUGUUCAAGGAACUACAGUGUGUAAUGUAAUAUGAGGACUCUCCUGUCAAGUUUGAUGGAACAAAUCAGACAGUGUGUUCCGUUGACUUCCUGGACUUCAGCCAAUAAAGAGGCAGACA